AUGGCAUUUAAGCUAGGCCAGCUCGAAGCGCAGAUCUACGUCGACUACAGAGGCCCGUACUACGGCUCGGACGAUCCCAUCAAUGGUAGAAUCGUGCUCAGCUACCAACCGCGAUCCGGCAUCUUCAAGAAGCAGAGCGAAUCUGAGACAGCUGCCCUAUUUGGACCUCUCAAGAUAUUCACUGUACUCCGCGGAAAUGUUGCCAUCAGAGUCCGCCGAGACAACGACCUGCCGACUCUUCACGGCAUUGAGGUACUGCAGAAGGCCGACGCUGUGUUUGAUGGCUCCUUCAAGGCAGAUGUUGGGGGGAACUACGAAUUUCCAUUCUCUCUCAACUUUCCAGACGGCUCAAAUUUGGUUGUCGCCCAAGGAUAUUCACAAGACCUCCCCUUGCCACCUUCAUUCUACUCGCACUUCUCGCACUACCCGGACGUUGUUGACAUCGCCAUCAAGUAUUUUCUUGGUGUGCAUGUCGACCUCCCAGGAAUCGAUGUCAAGGUCAACGUACCAAAACAGAGGCUACAGCCUGAGCUGAAAUUUGACCUGCCUAGACCACCGAAAGACUUGUUCGAGAGCAACCUAAGCACAUUCACAGAGCGAGCUGUGCUUCAAAGCUCCAACUUGCUGCCGGAGGACCAGCGACCACAGGGAUUCAAACAAAAGGCUAAAGCUGUGUUCAGCUCGAGCCACUUUCCCAAAUUGGCCCUCGAUGUGUCCUGCACUCAGUGGCAUUACAUUUGCCCUGGCCACAACCCAUCAUUCGAAAUAGUUGUGCGUCGAAGCAACAACGACUCAACUUCACCCACUUUCCCGGAGGUGUCGUUAGAGUUCUUUCGAGUGAAGCUCGUCGCGUAUACUUCGGCCAACACCGCCCAGAGGGUCCGCGGAAAGCCUCUCUGCUCGGACAACGAUAUUGUGCAAAGGUUAGAAUGCCGGACGAAUCUCCCUCUGACCUACUCCAAGGCCAACGACUACACCCACCGCGUAGGAGUUGAUCCGAUCGCACAAUUGCCCAGUUCCUUCAAGCAUCUGAAGGUAUCAAGAAGUUAUCAGUUCAAGAUCACGAUGCAUUUCAAGGUGGCGGAGGAGACUGUCAAGGUGAAGAAGAAGCAUCCAGUAGUGUUGAUUCCGCAUCCAGUAGAGCCAAUGCAGCUGGGCGAAAAUGAUGCUGGGCCUUCACGUGCAGGCACAGAUCAGGCAGCAGGGCCAUCAAGACAUGGGGACGAAGACGAGGCACUUCCGCGGUAUGAAGAUGCGGUGACGAGCGCGCCAGGAUCGAAGUGA